AUGUCCCUGGCCGUAGCCGUGGCCGCCAGCGCGAUAGCGGCAGCAAGGCUGAGCGCUGAGCACGUUGAUCGAGCACCCGUGCCCGCGUUGGUGUUCCUCUCCCCGGAUGCGCCUCUUCUUGGCUGCAAUUUCAAGCCGCGGACAGAACUCUACGUGCACGCGUGGUCGCUCCGCCGCGAGGCUACUCACGCGCGCACCUAUUUCGGUCCCAUGUUGGCGGCGAAGGCGUGGGUGGUGGCGAAGCAGGAGAAGCUCGCCGGGGCGUAUGGCCGUCGUCCAUGUCGUGUGGUCGCAGCGCCAGGCGCCCGUCUACCGGUCGUCCAUGAUCGUGGGACCGUGCACCUCCUCGAGCUUGCCUCACAGUCGGGCAGUUGA